CAGUCGUUUUUUGGUGGAAUUUGUUUCAUUUUAUUCACGCGAGAAGAAGAAAGUGGCUGCGAUUUUUCAGUGAGCAAUCGAAGAGAUUUUAGCUUGUGAUUUUGGCUGUGAAUUAUCAUAGAGAGAUUGGAAGACAUCUCUAAACCCUUCAGAACGUGUCUUGGUAGUAAUCUUUGUUUGGAGGAAGGAGGGGCAGCUAUUGUGACAAAAUGGUUGUGGAUAAAGAAGAUUUGGUGAUAACAUUGAGGGCGUUGAUAAUAUCACGUCCAGGUGCUACGACACUUGAUGCCCUGGCAAAGGAUUAUCGUACUACCGAAGGAGAGAGUAUUCCUUACAGAGGUCUAGGUUAUAGAUCUCUGGAAGAAUUUCUCAGUGCAACAGGCGAAUUCAUUGUGCACAAUUACAGGGGCGAGACAUGUGUUCGUGCUGUUUUGAGAGAAGAACAGGCACAUUUGGUGUCGAUGAUAGCCAAGCAGAAGAAGACAAAGACGAAGAAGAAAAAUGGUGAACAUAUUCGUCCACCAUUCCCACCAAGGCAUUCUUCUGCCCUUCGCUAUCCCAAUAUUCCGUCCAUUCCUGCUCAGCGUCCGUCGAAUCACAUCCAACACAGGAUGCUGUACAGGCCUAAGCAGCAGGAUGUGGAGAAGAGAGCUCAGAUGGUUGUCACAAGGCCAGAAAAGCUCAUUGCUAUUGAUCCAAUAAGGUUGCCUAUGAAUUCUGGUGCUAUUCCCAAGUCUUCCGUCAACAGUCGCAUCGCUCGAACUGAUCCAAAGCCAAGGCCAGAGAUUAGGACAGUGACACCAGCAACUCAGGGAAAAUCUCUGAAUGUACGGAUCAAUCGGCAAUCUUCACUCAUCAGUCCACCCUGGACACCAAGUCCCAGUCCUCCCAUCCAGACACCAACUACUCCAGUGUCAAAUGGCUUCAGUUCUACCCAGACGCAGGUUAUUCCCCCAGUGGGGUACAAGGAGCCUGAAGUGCCCAUGUCAGUGACUCCAGAACCGGAAGAAGUGGUUCUGGACAAGAAUACCCUCGUUCCCAUUGAGCAUCUUGCAAAUUAUUGCAAGUACAUGAACUACUCAGAGCCCCAUUACACCUACUCAUGCUGCACUUUCAAGGAUGGGUACAGGAUGUUUCAGUGUCGUGUGACAAUCGUAAAUAAGACUUAUUGUUCCUAUCCGGAACACUGUGAAACCAUGGCGGAUGCCCAAAAAGUGGCAGCUGCUUUGGCUAUCAAUCGUUUGAGUUUGGAGGAGGAAGUGAAAAAAUUCCCAGUUUGUCGAGAGGAUGAUGUGGUAAUUGCGGGAAAUCUGCUGGAUAUCUUGAAGGAUUACAAGCAUGGAAUAUCAGAAUCGGCAAUACCGGAGUACUUUAGGAAGAAGUAUGAGAUGUCAUUGCCGGAAAAUUGGCGCAAUUUGCUCUAUAAAUACAGUGAAUUCUGUGUGGAGGAUAUUGCUGGACGGAAUAUUGUUUAUUCGAAAGUCAGUGAUCGUCCGAUAUCCGAUGUGAUAAAUGAUUUGGAUGUGACGGUAUUUGAGCAGUUGCAAUUGCCUUGGGGAUCAGAAAUGUGGACAAUUCAAAUAACAAAUCCUGUUUCAACAACGGAAAUUUAUGGGCAAAUUGUGGGAGAGAAUUACAGUCAGCGUUUGAAUAUGCUGAUGGAUGACAUUGAGAUGGCAACGAUGAAUGCCAUGCCGCCUUUGGUGGCAAUUGAGGAGAUCCAGGAGGGAAGGAUUUAUUUGGUGACGAACAACAGCAAUUGGAGUCGAGUUCGGGUAGAUUCAGUUGAUCUCAAUAAUCAGGCAUGUCGCUGUUUCUGCAUCGAUACGGGCGAACAGGAGGAUUACAAUGAACUCUACGAGUGCAAUCAGAAUUAUCUGAAACUCCCUCAUCAGGCAAUUUGCUUCAGUUUGGCCUUCCUGGAGGAUUUCGAGGGCAAUCGUUAUGCCAAUCAGCCACUCAAUGACAUUCUCUCACGAUCGCAAUUUAUUGCACGUGUCAUGACGACUCAGAAGGAAUUUGAGAUUAAUAACAAUGUUGAAGGGGAAAUGCCCAUUAAAGUUGUCCUGAUGAAUCCUGAAUUCCCAAAUCUCGAGAAUAACAUCAAUCAGACCAUCCUUGAGACUAUCUGCAAUAAGACUCCGCCACCUCAGUUGGAGAGGGCUGCUCUGACUCUGGUGAAGAUUACCUACGUCUCUGAAGGUGGAGAUGUCUUCUGUCAAGUCAAAGAUGUCGGUCUGACUGGAUUGACGUACAUUCAGCGCCUGACAGAUUCCCUGAUUGCCGAUGAGGCAAAGAAGCAUCUCAGGAAGCCUCUGGAGACAGAAUGCCCAGACAUCAGGUACUUGAUCCAGGACAGGAACACAGGAAAAUGGUACAGGGCUACUCCGGAGGUACCAGUGAGUCUCAUGAAUACCCUCCACAGGAUGUACUGCAUUGACUUUGGUUUUUCCAUGGAAGUGGCUGAAGAGGAUAUUUAUCAGUUGGAACCACUGAGCCAGGCGCUCUGUAAGUUCCCGGCCAUGGCGAUCAAGUGCAGAUUGUAUCAGUUGCAGAAUAUGACGGAGCCAAUUGUGGCACGAAUUAAGGGGCUACUCAGUGAGGACUGUGAGUGCAUCAUGAAGGUGAUGGUAUCAACUUCAGCAGUGCCUCAGGUUAAUUGCUACAUGCGACAUCAAGGAGGAACAUUCUUCUGUGUCAAUGAAUCCAUUAAGAUUGAGGAGGAACUUGGACGUCAAAUUGACAGGCAGCUCUCGUCGACACGCAAUUCAUCGAGGAGCUCAUCCAAUUCUCCGGACUCUGAAAACAUUUCAAGACUGACUGUUACACACAAAUCGCUGCCAAAAAUCGCACGCACAUUGAGCAAUAUGCAGAAAAUUGAGGAAUACGAGAUUCCAGCCGCUGGAACGACUUUUACACUGUGUGUAGUACAUAUCUCCAACCCAUCCAAUUUCAUCAGUCAACCGUGCGACGACAAGAUCAACGUGAGCUUCAAGCAACUCAUGAGCAAUAUGCAGUCCUAUUAUGGUCCCGGGAGCCAGGACAAUAAUUCUGUUGUUGUGAAAAAUCCAGAAAUUGGACAGGCAUAUGCCAUUUAUGUGCCAAAGAAUUCCCUCUGGUGCAGGGGCAUUGUUGACUUGGUGAUCCAUCAGCAAAUUCAAGUCACUCUGUGUGAUUAUGGAGAAAAAUUGCUGGUCAGCAGCGACAAUAUUCGAGUGCUUCCAAAUAAUUUCCGGAAGUUGCCAAAGCAAGCCAUAAGAUGUUGCCUCUACGGCAUCAAGCCGACUCAUGGUGACUGGACGAAUGACGAUAUUCUGCGUUUCCGAGGAUUGGCCUCAGAUCCUGAGAAGAAAUUCUACAGCAUCAUUAAGAACGUAGGUGAGAGUCCAGAUGAUGGUGGUAAGAUUGUUGAACUGACUUUGCUCGAUACGUCUUCGGAGAAAGACGCAAUUUUCAAUGAUCUUUUCAUUAAAGAGCAUCGAGCUCUUCAUAUUUAAUUGUUUUUUUUUGUUGAUUCACGUUAUAUCCUCUAUAUAUUGCUUUUUUGCGGUAGAUCUUUAAUUUCUACUAUCAUAUUGUUACCAUAAUUCUCGAAAAGAAAACAACUCAUGCUACUCAUGAAAGGAUAUUUAAAUCCAUUCCAAUUUUCGAAGUCAAAUUGCUAUUAUUUUCAUUCAUUAUAUCAUGAGAGAUUAAAACUAAAAGAAAGUAUUAUUAUCAAUAUAAAAACGCGAAAAAAAUUCUAUUUAGAAGAACAAUUACCAAAAGAUAGAGAGAAGAGGUGUGAGAUAAAAAAUAUAAAUACUUUCUAACACAAAUCCGUUCGAAUAAUUUAUUUAAUAUAAAAUAAAACAUUCAUACGAGAUAUUUUUGAGAAAAAUAUUCAAAAAGAAAUGAAUUUAAUAAAUGUUUAACAAUGUAACUCAGAAUAUAAAUAUUGUUAUAGGACAUUUUUAAAAAUUUUAUACGAAAAAAAUAUAGUAAAUUUAUUUUGUCGUUAAUAUAAUAUAUAUAAAAAAAUACAUGAAGUGAAAUACAUAUAUGUAACUUUAUAUACAAAA